AGAGAGGGAGAGAUGUGUUUGCGUGUGUGGAUUUCUUGGGAGACUAAAUCCCGAAGUCAGAAAUACAAUCCUGAUGAUAAAGAUAGUAGCAGAGGAAGAACUGAACAAAGCAGUUUAAAGACUGGGAAAGUGAAUUGGAAUGCAGAGCUUCGUAGCUGCAGCUUCGGCAUGCUCUAUAAUUGGCGAGGAAGGUAGUCGUCGCAACUUGCGGUUGACGGAUUUUGGGGAGCUUGAGCAAUCUACCGGAUUCUAUCAAGAUGAUGUCGUCGAUUUAAACCCAGGUACCAACUUCAGUUUCAAGUCAAGCAGCGUGGCUAUUGUUAAUAGUUUUCAGUUUGGGGGCUUAAACACCAAUUUUAGUUCCUCAGAUGUAAGUACUUCAGGGACGGGAGCUGGUACAGGGCAGUACUCGGUCCAGAAGGGGGCAAUGCCCUUGGCUGCUGCGUCGUUGGGGAGCGGACAUUUUGAGAACUGGGGGGAGUCUGCUGUGGCUGAAACCAGUCAACAAACGGAUACAUCCACAGACGUCGACACAUAUGAUAGAAACGAGUUGAAAUGUAUCCAGCAAGGAGCACUUGUAUCUGUGGAUUCUGCGGAUAGAUCACAAUUGAAAAGCAGGGACCAGAAGGCAAUUCGCAGGCUGGCUCAAAAUCGUGAAGCUGCACGAAAAAGUCGUCUAAGGAAGAAAGCAUAUGUUCAACAGUUGGAGAAUAGCUGGUUGAAGCUCUCACAACUAGAGCAAGAACUCCAACGAGCGCAUCAACAGGGUACUUUUAUUGGGAAUGGAUACUCAGGAGAUCAAACUCAUAUGGUGGGUGGAAAUGGGGCUUUAGCAUUUGAUAUGGAAUACGCACGGUGGCUUGAUGAACAUCAACAACAUGUCAAUGAAUUGAGAGCGGCUAUAAAUUCUUUUGUAGGAGAUAAUGAGCUAUGCCUUCUCGUUGAUGGUGUGAUGGCACAUUAUGAAGAAAUAUUCAGGCUAAAAAGAAUAGGUGCCAAGUCUGAUGUAUUCCACAUGCUUUCAGGCAUGUGGAGGACACCUGCUGAGAGGUGUUUCAUGUGGUUGGGAGGUUUCCGUUCCUCUGAACUUCUCAAGAUACUCGGAAGCCAUCUUGAACCUUUGACAGAUCAGCAGGUGAUGGGCAUAUGCAAUCUGCAACAGUCCUGCCAACAGGCAGAGGAUGCCUUGUCUCAAGGGAUGGAAGCUUUGCAACAAUCUAUUGCAGAGACCCUUUCGUCCGGUUCUCUUGCUCCUUCUGGCAAUGGAAAUGUUGCUGAUUACAUGGGUCAGAUGGCACUUGCAAUGGGCAAGCUGGCCACACUUGAGAACUUCCUUCACCAGGCUGAUCUUCUGCGGCAGCAGACAAUACAACAAAUGUAUCGUAUAUUGACCACCCGGCAAGCUGCUCGUGCUCUGCUUGCUAUUAAUGAUUAUUUAUCACGACUGCGGGCACUCAGCUCGUUAUGGUUGGCACGCCCUAAGGACUAGUUUGAAACUCACUCCUUAUCCUGCUGGUAUUGAUGAAACACAAUUGAUCAGGAAUGUAAUAUCUACAAGGAGCACCUGUGAAACCUAGAUGCUUCUGUAUACUGGGACGACUCCAAUACACAAUUAUGUCCAGAUGAAAGAAUUUGUCCUGUUAUAAUUUUCCUAAGGACUAGGUAGGUAUUCUGCUGCUUCUAUUUUAGAAGUGUGCUCUGCAACUGAUAUUUUAUCUGGAAAAGGGCUGUGUAUAAAAUCUGAGUAGUUGUUAAUGGAAGAGAAUUUUCUUGCUUCAUGAUAUAAUCAUCAUACUUAUGUCCAUUAAUAGGUGUAAGCUGUUAUUGUCACAAACUUUUGAUACAAUGUCAACCAUACUGGAUAUCUAUUGUUUAGGGAAAACAUUCUUAUCAAAUUUCUAGUAUUAUAACUGGUGCUU